GUGACGUCAACAGUAUGCGACAGGAAUCAAAACAGCACGACUGAUUUGACACAGCUCAGUAUGUUCGAGUACUUAGUGUUGUAAAUUGUGCCUGUUUGACUUACACUAAGUCUGUUGGUAUUAUAUUAGCAUGUGCUAGCUGUGUGUUAGCUUCCACAGCUGUAGCUGCUUGUCGACACACUGACUGGACUUGGAGCUUCUCGCAGAGGACACACAGUAGCCAUGGCUUACACGCAGAUAGUGACAGCUCUCCACCGGGCAGCUACACAGUACUGCGCGCAGAAAUGCAAACUCACACGUGUUAGUUUUCUGAUCCACACACACAGGACAGCGUCCACAGUGUCCACACUGACCUUCUUGCCUCCUCCGUCUGUCAUGCCUGCUCUGAGCUGCUUCCUGCAGACACGGCGCGGUGUCUCACUGCACUCUGCAGCCAGAAACCACAGCAGCCCCGAAGACAGAGACAGGUCGGUCUCCAGGUACCAGAGCGGCAGCCCACAACCUUCAGCUGCAAAGAAAAUGAAAGACGCCGGCAGAGACUUCACCUACUUGAUCGUAGUAAUCAUCGGGCUGGGAGUGACUGGUGGGCUGCUUUAUGUCGUCUUCCAGGAGCUGUUUUCUUCCUCAAGUCCAAAUAAAGUUUAUGGAAAAGCCUUCAACAAACUGCGUCUGGACCCAGAGGUGAUUGGUGCGUUUGGGGAGCCGAUCAAGUGUUACGGGGAGACUACACGUCGAGGAAGGAGGCAGCAAGUCAGUCAUAUGGAGUACCUGAAGGACGGACAGAAGCAUCUGAGACUGAAGUUUUACAUCGAAGGCUCGGAGCCCGGCCUCAAAGGGACCGUGCACUCAGAGUCCAAAGAGAAUCCUGAAACUGGAAAAUAUGAGUUUCGUUACAUAUUUGUGGAAGUGGACACCUACCCGAGACGAACCAUCAUCGUGGAAGAUAAUCGAUCAGAAAUAUGAGUGGACUUCAAUGUGUUUGUGUUAAAGGACAAAUAGCUGAAGGUUUUGUUAAACAUCAACAAUUUGGGAUGAUUUUAACUUUGCCACAACAAUGGAGCAUUUGGUGAAGAGUUUUGAAAAUGAUCAUAGACUCUUAUGUGUUAUUGUUUUAUAAAUAAUAAACAUGCUACAAUUGUUUUUUGACUAAAGAAUACUGGAUGACCUGAAUUUUGAAAUAACCGGUAAUCAAAGAUGUAAAUUGUAAUAAAAACUGUUUGUCUGUUACAUGACAGGAACAGACAUACAACACAAAA